ACGUUAACAGUCCAAUUUCUAUCGCUUUCCUUCCACUUGCCCUGUCCCUUUUCUCUCUCGCUGCCGUUUGCCGUUUAGAUCGGCCUUGUUCCUCCGAUCUCGCUUCAGCCAAGGUCCAGCAUCAAGGAGUCUUCGCGCGAUCGGAAUAUGGGUCAGCAAUCGCUCAUCUACAGUUUCGUCUCGCGGGGGACGGUGAUCCUGGCGGAGUACACGGAGUUCACCGGUAACUUCAACAGCAUCGCUGCCCAGUGCCUGCAGAAGCUCCCCGCCACCAACAAUAAGUUCACCUACAACUGCGACGACCACACAUUCAACUAUCUCGUCGAGGAUGGAUACACAUAUUGUGUAGUUGCUGUUGAAUCUUUAGGUAGGCAAGUUCCGAUUGCUUUUCUGGAGAGGGUGAAGGAGGACUUUAGCAAAAGAUAUGGAGGAGGAAAAGCUGCAACUGCUCCAGCAAAUAGCCUCAGCCAUGAAUUUGGCUCCAAGCUUAAAGAGCACAUGCAAUACUGUGUUGACCACCCAGAAGAGAUCAGCAAGCUCUCCAAGGUGAAAGCUCAGGUUUCGGAAGUCAAAGGCGUUAUGAUGGAAAAUAUUGAGAAGGUUCUUGACCGUGGUGAGAAAAUUGAGUUGCUUGUUGAUAAGACAGAAAGCCUUCGAUCCCAGGCCCAAGAUUUUCGACAGCAAGGUACAACAAUGAGGAGGAAGAUGUGGCUGCAGAACAUGAAGAUUAAGUUGAUCGUCCUGGGCAUCAUCAUCGCACUGAUUCUCAUCAUAGUUUUGUCCGUUUGUCAUGGCUUCAAAUGCUAAUGAGCAUCGAUAUGCAGAUAUGCAACUGUCUCAGCAAUUUCCUCCCUUGUGCAGUCGUCAAACAUGGUGCCACUACUUGCGUCAUUGUAUAGCUUCUGCAUAAACAUUUGCGGAAUGUGGUUUGGGUUUCUUUUUGCAAACAAUUCCCUUUUCUACCUCCUCGUUACUGCAAUCAACCUAGCAUCUUAUGAAGAAUCAACAUAUUAUUGUGUAUGCUGAAAGCAUGUUUUUGCCAAUAUGAAUGGUCAUAUUACUACUUUGUGUUGA